AAAAGCCCCAUGACCAUUCUCUCAGCUGUAGUUCCACCUCAGAAGCCCGACGGAUGUUGAUCCCAAUCCUCCUAUCAAGACCCUUUGAAUUUCUCCUCCUUUCGACCCUUCUACACUUCAUCUUCCAUCUCCCUACUAGCACUGCAUAUCCUAUCAGAACCUUCUGUGCAAACACAGCCAAUUACGCUGCUGAUAGCACAUUUAGGACUAACCUCAAUCUCCUCCUCUCUUCUCUAUCCUCCAAUGCUUCUCUCACCGGCUUCGCCAAUCGCACGAUCGGUGAAAACCCAAACCGAAUUUACGGCCUUGCACAAUGUAGAGGCGACAUUAAACCCGACAAAUGCCUUGAUUGCCUUAACACCGCACACCAAGAAAUCAUCUCAAUGUGCUCCAAUAGGACUGCAAUCAUAUGGUAUGAUACGUGUCUCUUGCGCUACUCCAACAAAGGAAUCUCGUCGUUGUCUGAUAAUAAACCACUGUAUUACGUGUUGAAUACGCAAAAUGUAUUCCACCCAGGUCGGUUUAAUCUGAUUUUGGGCCAGAUGAUGCAUGGUCUUGCUUUGAAGGCGGCUUUAGACCAAUCCAUACGGAUGUAUGCUACCAAUGAAACGAAUUUCAUUAACUUCGAAAAGUUAUAUGGGCUUGUGCAAUGCACAAACGAUUUGUCAAGGAGAGAUUGCUAUGUGUGCUUACAAGGUGCAAUCUCUCGUAUUCGGGAAUGCUGUGAUGGAAAACAAGGUGGGAGAGUUCUUGGACCAAGUUGCAAUUUGAGGUUUGAGAUGUACAAGUUCUACGACAACUUAACUAACACAACAACCAUGGGAAGCAAGCGAAACUCAUCUCGUACGGUGGUUGAUAUUGUCGUUCCAAUCGUUGUUCUUAUUGCUGUGGUGCUUCUCCUUACCAUCAGUGCUUGUUUGCUAACUAAGAAGAGAAAAAACUCAUUGGCUGUGAAGAAGAUAAAGGGAAAUAGCCACGGAGCUUUAUUGAGUGAUUUGGGCCCCCCAAGUGGAAGAACUGAUGCAGACAAUUAUGAAUUGCCUUGGAUCGAUUUGUCAUCUUUACAAUUAGCCACUGAUAACUUUUCAGAGGCCAAAAAGCUUGGAGAAGGUGGAUUUGGCCCUGUUUACAAGGGCAUGUUACUGGAUGGGAAGGAAAUAGCGGUGAAAAGGCUUUCAAGAAGUUCAGGACAAGGUCUAGAGGAGUUCAAGAAUGAAGUUGUAUUGAUUGCAAAACUUCAACAUAGGAAUCUCGUGAGACUCUUGUAUUGCUGCAUCGAAGGAGAAGAGAAACUGCUCAUCUAUGAAUACAUGCCCAACACCAGCCUUGAUGUCUUUCUCUUUGAUCGGAACAAGUGUGCUCAACUCGACUGGGGAAAACGGCUUCACAUCAUUGGUGGAAUUGCACGGGGCCUUCUCUAUCUUCACGAGGACUCUCGUCUCAGAAUCAUACACAGAGACUUAAAAGCUAGCAAUGUUCUGUUGGAUCAUGAAAUGAAUCCCAAAAUUUCAGAUUUUGGCAUGGCCAGGAUCUUUGGAGGAAACCAAAGCGAAGAAAGUACUAAAAGAAUCGUCGGAACUUAUGGAUAUAUGGCACCUGAGUAUGCAAUGGUAGGAUUAUUUUCAGCAAAGUCUGAUGUGUAUAGCUUUGGCGUUCUACUGCUAGAGAUUGUAAGUGGGAAAAGGAACACCAGUGUAGAUUUGCCUGGAAAUGCCCAGACCAUCCUUACAUAUGCAUGGAAACUGUGGUGUGAAGGAAAAUGCUUGGAAUUAAUGGAUCCAUUGAUCAUAGAAACAUGUCCUGCCAGCGAAGCUCUCAGAUGCAUUCAUAUCGGGCUAUUGUGCGUUCAAGAAGAUGCGGUGGAUAGGCCCACCAUGUCAUCUGUAGUUCUCAUGCUUGGAAGUGACUCGAUGGCACUUUCCCAACCCACGCAGCCAGGAUUUUUCAUAAGGAAAGUUGUUGCUAAUCCAAAUGAACCAUCAGUGGGUGCCACACCAGGUUCUGUCAACCAAGUAACCAUCUCUAACAUUGAACCCAGGUGACCAUACUGAUGGGAUCAAACCACAUGCUCUAGCUGGCUUGAAGAAGUUGAAGAUUGUAAUGCCUCUGUCAUUGGUUCAAUACAAAUUAUGGAACAAAAUAGUAAGAAAAACACUGAAACAUACGUUGUUUCUUUAUACAAUUAUUGUCAAGGUUGUUGUCUUCUCAUACAAUAAAUAAGAGUGUUUUAGAGAUGCUUAGUAAUUGAAGCAAAAUCA